GUACAGGAAACAAAAAAUUCGUGGGAAACGUUCUGGAAGUAUGCAGUUGUCAAAAUUUCAAACGCUAAAUGGAGAGAACAUCUCAAGAGUCUCCAGAAAAUUACUGUAGAGUUUGUAAGGUGGAUUUUAGGACAAAAGUCGGAAAUGUUAGUAAAAUAGUGUAUGCUUCCUCUCAAAAUGUAUUCAAGCCGUCGCAGAGGAAAGAAUCAUUUGGAGUUGUUCUUUCUGAAAUGUGCGUCGACUUUGGCGUCUCUAGUAAUGAAGAAGUCUAGUAAUCAUUCAACUAAAGUAUGCUUGGGAUGUUCAAGGAAAAUCGUGAAAACUAAACAACUGAUGGCACAACUGAAGUGUUCAUUAAACGAUGUUCACCCAAAGUUUUGUCAAAGUGUAGAAUAUGAAACAGAAGCGACAGAAAAACGUAAGCUGUUAACUCCCGAUCGUGGAGCAAGUCCAGCUGAGCCAAAAUCCUGUCGUGUAUCAACUCCAAAGAAAACAAAAAAGAAUUCUCGAAAAUGCCUGUUUGAGUCCGAGGACGCACAAUCGAAUAAUGGUAUAGAUGGUAUUGGAGUACAUAUAAAUACUUACACCAAGUUUUCAAGUAUAGAAGAAAAGCAGGACGAUUCAGACCAUUCCACAACCGUACGUUUAGUAAUCGACAAUUCAGACGACGUAUUAAACAAGCUUAACAUUGACGGUCUAAAAUCAUGCGAAGGACGUUCUUGGCUAAAACUGAAAGUAGUUUUAGUUCAUCCAAACGGCAAAGUUGAUGUUAGAAAUCCAACGAAUGGCAAGUGUGUCCAAAUAAUUAGAAAUAUUGUUGACGGCAAUUGGACAGCAGUGGCUAAUGCGGUGUUCACUCACGAAGAUAAGACCUACAGCAGGCUUUACAACUUGCUCUUUGAAGGAAAGUGAACAAAGAAUUUAAAGAAUAUAGCAAAUUUGAUUUCGUCUUGAAGGGAACACAACCGGAAGAGCUAGCUGGAUUUUCCAACAAACUCGUUGUUACUGAGGCGAGGGUUCACUGUCCAUUUUGGGAGGUGAGCGUAAGGGGAGCUGCCGGAGUUAGAGACAAUAACACGUCUAUAAAUCAACUUGCAUUGGUGACUGUGGUCAUAUCUCGAACAAGAAACCCAAAAAUGUCCGCAGCAGAUUAUCGAAUCUCCAAUAUGCUUAUUCAUAAUGGUGGAGCAAGCUUCCAAGACAUCACCAGGCUCAGCAGGUCUUGGAAAUGCAAAAACCACCACUGGAUGAGGAGUCAAUGGAAAUGGAAUUCAGUUUUGACUUGAAUGAAGAAACCCUGAAGUGCUAUACCUCCUAUAGUUCAAAGGUUUAUGAAAGAGUUCUGCAGUCGUUGUCAACGGCAACUGAUGACCAUAUAUACUCUGAAGAGGUCUUA